ACAAAGAUACACUAUUGUUCUUUGUCCUUCCCCACCUGUCUGCAGCUUUUGAUAUUAUUCACCUCACCAUCCUUCUCCGAGGCUUCUCCACUGGGCUGGCCAGCUGGAUUCAUUUGAAAGCAUCUUUUGAAAACUUGUCGUCAGUACUUCUGAGUCCUGCUUUUCGUAGAGAUGGCAUACAUGGUCAUUGAGGAGCAAACAGAUUCAAUCCUUCAUCUUAAAAGAUCUCCUGGUAUUAGGUCCUGGUCUGUGUUAGUUGGAAUUGGUUCUAUUGGUUUAGCUGCUGCUUACUAUAGUACAGACAAUUGGGGAUGGAAGUUGUUCUAUGUUGUGGGCUGUUUAUUUGUGGCUGUACAAAACUUGGAAGACUGGGAGGAAGUCAUAUUUGACAAGAAUAAAGGGAAUGCAGUUCUUAAAAGUUUUAACCUUUAUACAAGGAUAUUGACCAUGUGGAAUAAAAGUCAAGAACAAGUGGUGGCACAGCUUCAGCAUAUUCGUGCCAUUACCGUAGAGGAGGAGAGAGUCCGCUAUUUGGGAAAAGGAUACCUUGUGGUACUGCGGUUUGCGACUGGGUUUUCACACCCAAUUACCCAAAGUGCAGUGUUAAGUAAUCGAAGUGACGUUGCUGCUGUAGCACAACUUAUAACUAACUUUCUAAACCUUAACAAACCAUCCCUUGAAGAUAAGCUGGGAUUGUCUCCAGACAGUAGUGAUGGCACUGGCAGUGAUAAUGAAAAGAACUGAAGAUUACUAGCAGGAAACAUUUCGCGGACAUUAAGCAUACAACCAAAAGUAAACACAGGGCUUUUAAAAUCUGAACAUUUAAGGAACAUUAAAGAAUCAGCCUUAAACAAACUGGUUGUGAAACUGCACAGGAAGCAAUGUCCAGCUCUCAGUUACAUGCUGCAAUGCCAACUUCUUUGCUGGUGAAAUAAGACACUAUAAUUUUUAGUUUUUGUGUUGCUAAUGUAACCCCCACUUGCUUUGGCAGAAUGCUACUUUGAUCAAAUGCACAAAAAAAAGCUUUAAAAUACAAUAACGAGUUAUGUCAGAAAUAUUGAAUGGAGAACCUUUGUUUCAGUUGUGACUGUCCUUACAACUGUCUUCUGUUUAUUGUCUUUUUCAAUUCACUUUGUGUUUUCUUCUAAAGCAGAAUUUAUUCAAUUGAUUUUGCAUAAAAUGAAAGAAUGCAAUGAAAAAGUGCAGAUUAUUUGUAUAUUUCAGUAAAGCCAAAAACAUAGACAAGGAGUCAUUAGUGUUUAAAAGCCGAGAGCUUUCGUAGUAUAUCAAAAAGUGUGUGUUUGGAUAAAUAUGUUUCGUACACAAUUGUCUUGAGGUUACUAUAUUUAAGAGAGAUGGACAGACAAGUAAAAGCAUGCUUCAAUGCUGAACACCCUGUCCAGCUGUAACUAAAUUUUGUAAGGGACAUAGAGAUGUGAUGUUGGCAGAUUAUUCAUGGUUUUCUGCUGAAAAGAUUAGAGGCUGACAAUAUUACACUGAGCACCUCAUCACCAUGGCCUGUGUACCAUAUACAAUUCACAAUUCAGGAACAUGAUAGAACACUCCCUUGAUCAGUGCAGUUCCACCAGUGCUCAAAAAGCUUAACAGCAUCCAGACAAAGCAGUUUUGUUAAUUGGGACCCCAUCAACAACAUUAAACAUUGAUUCUCUACACCAAUGCAGUAGCAGCAGUGUGUACAACAGGUUCACAGCAGCACCUUCCAAACCUGUGAUCUCCACGACCCAGAAGGAAAAGGCCAGCAAACGCAUAAGGACACCACCACUUACAAAUUCCCUUCAAAGCCCCACAUCAUCCUGAUGUGGAUUUAUGUAUUUGUUCCAGCAUGGGCGCUGAAUCAAUAUCCAGGAACUCUCUAAGAGCACGUUGCAAGUGUACCCACACCCUGUGGACUGCAGCAAAUGAAGAAGGUGGCUCAUUAGUACUUUCAAAGGGUAAUUAGGCACAGGCAAUAAAUGCUGACUUUGUCAGCAAUGCCAUGUGUCAUGAAGAAACAAUAAAUGAAAUGUACUAUAAAUUACAUCUGCUCCUUGGGAAGGGGAUGGAGACAGUGAAAUCUUGAUUUGAUAAAUCUCAAGUGUCAGUAAAGGCCUAAUCUAUCCAUUUGGCAUAGAUGUGAGUUAUGAUCUUGACUAUGUACAUUAGGUUUCACAUUGUAUGUAUACAUUGGUUACAUUCACGAUGGGAGAGGGGUAAAUUAAUCUGUAUGAAUUUGGCAGGUAAGAGUUUGGGUCACGUUUUUCAGGUCAUUGGAAACCUGGAGUCUACAAAAUGAGGAAUGGAGCCAGCUACUCUGAAACUGAAUCAGAGAUAGUAGGAACUGCAGAUGCUGGAGAAUCCGAGACAACAAGGUGCAGGGGUGGAUGAACACAGCAGGCCAAGCAGCAUCAUAGGAGCAGAAAGGCUGACGUUUCAGGCCUAGACCCUUGAGUUUGCAUGCUGGCAGAACAGCUAUAUCUCAGUAUUCUGGCUUGCUGGGGAUGGAUGAAAAACCCACUUGAUGCUGGGACGCGAUUCAUUUCCCAAAAUUUCAAUCAAAUAUGAUUGAAUUCAUUGAAUUGCAAAAGCUGCAAUAAUAAAAGAAAUGUUUCAUACUAUUUGCCAAUGCAUGUGAAUAAUCCUGGCAUGGAAAAGAAAUGUCUAAAAAGUCACCACAACAAGUUGCAUUGUAAAGCACUUGGCUAUUUUCACUGUCAUUCAUUAACCAAUGUGUAUAUCUGUUACUUUUUAAUAAAGCUGUCUCAGUAAGGA